UUCCCAUUGACGCGCGCUCUCGUGCAAAACCAGUUUUGCAUUCAGUUAGAUAAAUGUGCAAAACCGUUUGCAUGUCGUUUGAACGACAUUGAAUGAUGAAGGGAUCUUGAUACGUGCUUUCAAUUAACGUAGAACGUAUGUCGAACGUAAAGUAAAAGAGAAGAAUUGCACAAGCAUUUACGUCGUCUUAAAGAAACACGAUCAGCAGCAGGAACGUUCAUUUUCGUGUAUUUAUAGCAUCGAAAUCAGGAAACGCCGAAAUUACAGUGGUGGCUUCAUCCCCCGCUUUUGCAUCGAUCAUUGACCGAUAAUACGUGCGCGCAGGGCUCGCCGAGCGUAAAGGGUCGAUCGCGGGGAUCUUAGUGAAUUAAUAUCAAGCCGGUGAUCACAGAGGGAAAGAGAGAGAAAGCGAUAAUUCAGUCUAAAAUUACUUGAUGCGUCCUCGUCAUCGCGUCGCACUAAGUUGCACGUCGGACUAUUAUUGAAUUAUUUAGUUAUCCUUGAGCUAUAUUGCGUUAUGUGUGACUUUUCGACAAGGGCUGGGAUACGAAAACCGUCGUCGUUGAUGAUACUAUGACCGAUCAGAUGUCUAUAUCAUUCCAUUCUACUACCAAGAUGGAUGAGCACGAGAAGAAUUUGAUGUCAGGAACGUUGGAGCAAAGGAAGGAGGCCUUCAAGGAAGAUGAGGAGCUCAUGCGGGAAACUACGAAAUUUAUCAGCGAGGUGAUAGAGACCGCCACCACGGAAGCUUCGAAGAGAAAAGUUCAGUCGGAGGGAGCUGCUACAGGUGAAGGCAGUAGAUUGAAGGGUGGUGAUACCAUCGCUGGCUGGAACAACCGGGCGCGUGGAUUCUGCAAUCGUAUUCUGAAUGCGCUUUGCCCGUGCUUCACCAACCACGAACUGUUCGCCUGGACUCCGUACCGGUAUCGCUUCACAAGACCUUAACCGUUCGAUGACUUCCGGAUUUUCCGUUCCGUCGUGCGAGCAUGCGAUUGACGCAAACAAAGCAAAAAUAGGAUUAAGUUUCUUCCCGAUUGUCAAUUCGAUUCCGCGUCGUGGCUCUUAUGCAUACGCGUGUAUGUGUGGGCCAACUGAGAACAUCAAAUAAUGUAAAACGCAAUUUUCUAAUUACAAUGGUUGGCCGUUAAUUAUGAUCCGUGCGUGAACAUAAAAAUGUCUGUAGAACAUGCAACUUGUCGUUGUUGACAUACGCUCGAAUUUAAUCUUCCUGAUACCUCGCGGAGACAAGUAUCAGUCUGCUGUGGCUGCUGUGCAGCCAAGCGUGAGGAAAGCUACAUUAGUGUUCAACAUGAAAAACAUAAUUGUAGGUAUAAUUAAUUGAUACGGCUCAUGUACUUUACUCAUUAUGGAGUAAUCUGCAAUCGUCUUAUAGAGUAGCUUGAUCAUGUACGGCGAUAGUUUCUUAUUCGGUUCGAUUAUAAAGUAUGUCCAUUUAAUACGCCUUCCAUAAGUAUCUUAGCAGCAAUGUGUCAUAUGACAGAUGAUUCCUCUUGUAUGUAUAUUUUCGCAAUAUUAAAUUUACUUUAAUGUAAGAGAGACAUUCGCAUUUACAAGCAGACAAGACGUGUGACGUUGCGCGAUCGUUUAAAUUUUUCUCUGCACUAGUUUGCAAGAUAAUGUGUGUAUAAGCUAGUUUUAUAUUACGUAAAGAUUUAUGUAAUACAAGAGAGAUUUAAUAUUAGAAUUUGUAAAUGACACAAUAUAUACUUUAAAAAAGAGAUGUGAUGAAGAAUGCACGACACUGUCGUGAGAGUUUUACGAGGUGCAGAUAUUUAUUAUUAAUUUAUUGAUUUAUUAGUUUUAUUUAUUAUUUAUUAUUUUAGUAAUUUUCGUCAUUCCUUAAGGUAAAAUAAUACAUUAUUCUAGUUAUUUCAACUAUUAAUUUAUAAUUAGUUAAUGUGUUUAAAAGUUUUUAAUUAAAUUUAUGUAUAUAAUAAAUCUAUUUAAAUUUAAAAACAUUACCAAGCAUAUAGCAAUAACGCAUUUUAAAUAUAACUGAAAAAUUUGUAAACACUGUGUACUUUACGUGUUUAUGUGUCGUAGAGUGUCAGACAGCAUCAAGGAUGUACUGUAUUUUAUAAUAUUAGUUAUUAAUGUCAGUUGUAGCUUGAAAUUUACUAAAAGAGAUUUCGUUUAAUAAUAGCAACGCUGAUACUGCUUGUCAGGCAUAAAAGAACCGGAUCAAUAAUGUUGCUAUAGAGAAUCGACAUAUGUUGUUAUCAGUAAUAUGGAUAAUCGUUAUCAGUACCAUUGCAUUCAUUUUAUCCCUGCUGAAAUCUGAAAUCAAGCUAAAAUAGUCGACGAAUUUAUCCAGAUAUAAAUCGCAUUGUAUAUAAUAUAGAAUCUAAGUCAGUUAAUAACGAUAAUAAGUUUCACCAAUCAAUCAGGUCGCCGUAUGUAUCUGUACUCACAUUGAAUGUACCUGUGUUAAUCAACAUUGUACAAGCCGUUAGAUUUAAUUGUGCAACUAUCACAGGACAUCCUGGAGAGAAUGCGAUAAUAGUAGUUCUAUUCUAAAUUAAAAUCAAAGUUAACUUAAUUUGGAAUAAAGAAUUUAUCUUAAUGUGCGAGGCACUUAAACUGACUCCUUUAUGUGACGUGAAUUCUCUGAUUGUACAAAUUAUCGAUUCGAUGACGAAGUAUCGGAGUUACUCGCAUUCGGCCUUUUCGGGAUGUACUGCAGAUGCAAACCUCCUCGCGUAAAGGCGAACCGAUGCAAAUUACCGCAAUUCGUGCGGUCUACUCCCGCAUAACGUGCUACAAAUGCUACUUAUUGUGUGACUGGUGAUGACUAUAUGGCUUAACGUGGAAACGUUCAGCGGAACCAACGCCGUUGGUGCGGGGAAGAAAAUCAAUAUAUCCCGGCAGUGCCCGUUUUGACCAUGAAUUGCCGUGUUGCAGAACACUCCUACAUACACAUUUUCGCUGGCGAAUUUAGAAGGGAUGUGCGAGCACUCGCCAUUACCACUGUUCAUGUAUAUGCGUGCUUUUGCCUUUUUUUUCUCAAUCGCUUGUAUGUAUGUAUGUAUGUAAGUUAAUAUUUUAAUUCCGAUCAUAGUAUGCAAGGGGCAUGCUAGGAGGUUGCGAGGUCCAACGUAUUUUUUUUUCACGCACACAUAUAGACAUGUACAUAUACACGCCACACAUACACGCACGCACGCAUCCGUUCAACGACGGCGAAUUAUUUCUGAUAAUUCACUGAGCGUUCUCGUUUGCGUAUUUUUCUAGGACAGGAAGACCUGUGUGAAGUUAGCCCUACCCUUUUUGACUUUUGUAUUUUUCUGAAUUGUACUGCGUUAUGCUACAUUUGUGCCAAUUUGUGUUGUAGCUCAAUAACUUAAAGUGUUUUUCAUAAAAAAAUUAAAAUACCAAAUUUUUGCUAGCCCCGCACAUUUCAAAUUUUGAAUUUUUGAUAACAAUAUUAUAUUAUGCUACGUUUUUGCUGAUUGUGCACAAAGAAAAAAUCGAUAAGUCAAAUAACUCGGUAAUUCAAGUUGUGUUGAAGUAUGCUACUUUAGCAUAAUCUGGCAUUACCAAAAAAUUUCAGAAAUGUCAAAUUUUUAAUUCUUUCCCACCCCUUUUCCAUGAAAUUUUAUCAAGUCUAUGAUUAUUAGAAGGGGAUUUUACUUACUUUUAUUUUAUAUUUAAAAUAGUAAAAAAGUACUACUUGCAACAAGAAAUUCUAUUAUUAGCAAAGUUAUAAAAGAUUAAAAAUUUGAAAAGUAUGGAACUAACAAAAAGUUGAUUUCUCCAUUUUUUGUGAAAAAUGUUUCAAGUGAUUGAACUGCGAUUUGCGGCAUAAAUUGACACAAACAUAGGCACAACGAUAAUUGAGAAAAAUAUAAAGUUCAAAUAUAAUGCGGGGCUAACUUUACACAGAUGACAGGAAAAAAGAGCAAAAAAGUACUUUUCAUGUUGCCUAUUUAGAUGUAUAGAGGGAUCAAUGGUGUAUUACGUAUAUCAGAGACGAGAGACAAUCAAAUCAAAUGUAUGUGGACGUAGAAUAUUGUCUUGGUAUAUAUAUAUAUAUAUAUAUAUAUAUAUAUAUAUAUAUAUAUACAUAUGCGUUAUAAAUACAGAUAUAUAGAGAAUUUAAUAUCGCGACUUUAUAUUUUGCGUUACUGGAGCACUUGAUAUAUACGUAUACAUAUAUACAAAAAGGAAAUAUAUUUACAUCGUAUUGUUAUCUUCGUAUCUUUGGUAUCGCGAAAUUGUAAAUUAACGCAAUUUGUAAAUUAAUGCAGUCCAUCGGUAUAAAUAUUGAAUUAUCUAAAUAUUGGAAAUUGAAUAUUGGAGAUCGAAAUAUCAGACUUAUCGCACUUGUGAAAGUACUAUUCCGAAAAAGCGAUGUCAUACAUAUAAAUAUGCAAUAAAUAUUUCCGUUGAGACACA